AUGGCUUUUGAAAGUAGUACUAGCAACAACUCCUCCACAUUAUCUAAAGAAUGGAGUUUUAGAAGCACCUCUUCUUCCUCAAUCUCCAACAAUAGUAGCACCACCACAAAUUACCUCCUAUCUCAUUGUAUCCGUAUCAAUAUCGAACCGGUCGAAAAACUAAUCCCGGUCCACCACCCUUAUUACAAAUGCAUAGUCACCUUAAAAACACCAAACCACCACCACAUAUCUUGCUUAGCAACCCAAGGUAAACUCCUCUACGCCGCGUCUGGCAAUCAAAUCACCACCUUCGAUCUAACCACGUUCUCCCCAGUAGUUUCAUUCGAGGGCCGGGAUUUGUCCUCUGGAGGGUUCAUCAAGUCCAUUGCAUUCUGCGAAGAUAACAAAAUCUUGACAGCUCAUCAAGAUAGUAAAAUCCGAGUAUGGAAACGACACCGUUUAGAGACAACCCUCCCAACAAUGAAAGAUAAGCUACGUCGUUUUGCUUGUGCGAAAAACUACGUGCAAGUUAGGAGAAAUAAACGGAAACUUUGGAUACAACAUAACGACGCCGUUUCAGGGAUGACGUUAAGUAACGGGUUAAUAUAUACCGUUUCAUGGGACAAAACGUUGAAGAUAUGGAGGGCUACGGAUUAUAAAUGUUUAGAGUCGUUAACGGCGCACGAAGACGCCGUUAACGCGGUAGUGGUUUCGAGUAACGGGACGGUGUAUACGGGGUCAGCUGACGGGAAGAUUAUUGUAUGGGAGAGGGGUAACGAUAAAGUGGUGCGACACUCCAGGGUAAGUACCCUGGAGAAUCAUAGAUCAACGGUUGUGAAUGCAUUAGCGUUAAGUAAGGAUGGAAAGGUGUUAUUAUCUGGCGGUUGUGACGGAGUCGUAAUGGCGUGGGAGAAAGAAGGGGAGAAUGAUCGGAUGGUAGAGAGCGAGGUUGUGGGAAGUCAUGAUGGAGCUGUGUUGUGCUUGCUCGGAUUGGACGGACAUGAUUUGUUUGUGAGUGGGGGUGCGGAUCGGACGGUUAGGAUUUGGGGGAGAGGUGAGGGGGAGUGUGGGAGUGGGAGUAAGGGGUUGUUUUGUUGUUUGGGUGUUUUGGAAGGGCAUGAUAAACCGGUGAGGUCGUUGGCGGUGGCGGCCACUAUUUUGAGGACGGAAAACGGUGUCGUUUCGGUUUGUAGUGGGAGCUUGGAUGGGGAGAUUAGGGUUUGGGAAAUUAUGGUGUCUGAACUCAUUAACAAUAGGCCUCCCUACAUGAAAAAAUAUUAGUGGUAAAAGUAGUGUACGGAGGGAGUAUUAGUUAUUUAUUACUAAAGAUAGAAGUUUAUACGAGUAAUAAAGAAUGGAUGUUUGUUUUAGGUAAAGAUUUCUCCAAAGGUAAUUGUUAUUGAUUAGGAUAUCCACUAUUGUUUAUAAAUUUUUGUUUAAGCCAUGUCUAAAGUUACCUCGGACAAAUCUUCAUCCUUUGUAUUGAUGUACUGUGUGAUGUAAUGAAUUAUUACAAAGUAUUAUUACUAUAUUUCUCAUCUUAUGCUCCUAUUAUAAAUAUGUGCAUGGAUACUUUUUUUUAUUUAUCUUAAAUUUUGGUUCAAGUCAAAAUUAAAAUGCCUCUAUAUGUAAACUAUUAUGCACAUUUUCUUAAUAGUACUCUUUAUCAGCAAUUAAAAGUAUAUGUUUAAUGUGUGUUUAUUAAAAGUACGAGUUUUCACAUGUACAUAACCCAAAAAAAUAAAAUAAAAAAGUACAAAUUGAAAAAAUAAAUUUAGAUUACGUUUUAUUGAUUAAGGAGAAAACAUUAUUGUUAAAUUUAUAAGGACUACUUAUAUUUAAUU